AUGGAAGAAGGAACGAGCGAUGAUGAUGACCAGAGCACGGCCACAAGUUCCGAUGGUGUCAUGGAGCGAAUCAUUCUUCAUGUCUAUGACGAUGAAUCAAAAGAGUUCAGCUCAUUAACAACGUAUCAUGGAAUGAGUGGCUCUAUGCUUUUCUUCUAUCACUCUCAUCCAACAUUUUUCAAAACCACUGAUAGUUUGCUGAGGGCGGAACAUCUUCCCGCAGUGACGAUCUGUAAAGUGGGCGGAGCCCACCAAUGGAGAAAUUAUCGAGAGAUUAAGUCACUAGUCGAAAUGAUGCCGUCAUUUGACGCGAUGUUUAUUGGACAGCCGUUGAAUGCCGACGAUUUAAUGAACCUGCGCAGGCUCGAAGACACACUUACGAAUGUCACGGGUUCAAGAUUCAAUCUGAAGCGAUUCCUUGAGGAUUCAAGGUGA